AAAGAUCCGACCUUUAUUAACUUUUUUGCAGAGGUAUAUAUACACCUACUCUGCUUUCAGUUUCUGGGUUUGUCUCUCCUCUGAAGUUCAAUAAAAUUCUACACAUGGGCUACUCUACUUUCAUGUUUUGACAUUUUAAACCAAUUUCAUCGAGUAAAAACAGAAAAGGUCUGACCUUUAUUUACUUUUGCCAAAGUUAAUUAUACCCACAUGCACCAUCUGCCAAGACUCAGAUCUCUCUCCCUCUUAAACCUGAAACUAAAAUCCACACACCAAUUGAAGCAAGCCCAUGCCCAGUUGAUUACCAAUGGUCUCAAAUCAACUUCCAUAUAUGGCAAGCUAAUCCAGCAAUGCUGUGCCUUAUCAGACCCAGAAAGCACCAGCCUUUAUGCCCAUUUAGUAUUCAAACACUUUGAUGAGCCUAAUCUGUUCCUGUUGAACACUUUGAUUAGAUGUACUCAACCUAAAGACUCCAUUUUUGUUUUUGCCAAUUGGGUUUCUAAAGCAAGCUUGUGUUUUGAUGACUUUACCUACAAGUUUGUUCUUGGAGCUUGUGCUAGAUUACCUUCAAUACCAACAUUAGUAGUAGGUAGAGAAGUUCAUGCCCGGAUAGUAAAAGAGGGCAUCAUAUCAAACAUUUUAGUGCAAACCACUUUACUACAUUUUUAUGCUAGUAAUAAGGACCUUGAUUCGGCACGUAAGGUGUUCGAUGAAAUGACUGAGAGAAAUAGUGUUACGUGGAAUGCAAUGAUCACGGGGUACUCUUCGCAAAGAGAAAGUGUCCGGGAUGCAUUGCUGUUGUUUCGGGACAUGUUGGAUGGCGAGUCUGGAGUGAAACCUACUGAUACUACUAUGGUUUGUGUUCUCUCCGCGGCUUCUCAGUUGGGUGUGCUGGAAACUGGUGCUUGUGUACAUGGUUAUGUAGAGAAGGCAAUGCCUGCUCCUGAUGGUGAUGUUUUUAUGGGUUCUGGUCUUGUUGAUAUGUACUCGAAAUGUGGAAGUGUUGAUAGUGCUCUAACCAUUUUUAAGCGAAUGAAACAGAGAAAUGUCUUGACUUGGACAGCAAUGGCAACCGGGCUAGCUAUUCAUGGUAAGGGGAGUGAAGCACUGGAGCUUUUGGAUGUAAUGAAAGCUCAUGGAACAAACCCAAAUGAAGUGACUUUCACCAGCUUGCUUUCGGCUUGCUGCCAUGUCGGGCUUGUUGAAGAAGGCCUGCAUUUGUUCCAUAUGAUGAAGACCAAGUUUGGAGUCACCCCUCAUAUGCAGCAUUACGGUUGCAUAGUUGACCUGCUUAGCCGAAGUGGGCAUUUGAAUGAGGCCUAUGACUUUAUAGUAGCAAUGCCAGUUGAACCUGAUGCUGUCUUGUGGAGGAGUUUGCUAAGUGCAUGCAAAGUUCAUGGGAAUGUCGCAAUGGGAGAGAAGGUUGGGAGGAAGCUGCUUCGCAUCCAGCUGACGCAGAGUUCUGCAGAUGGAACUCCAAAGAGUGAAGACUAUGUAGCUUUGUCAAACAUUUAUGCUUAUGCCGAAAAGUGGGAUGCUGUGGAGAUGGUGAGAGAGGAGAUGAAGGUCAUGGGAAUUGAAAACAAAGCUGGCUCUAGUUCUGUUCAGACUACUAGCAAUCAUGCCUUGGAUGGGUUGUAGUUGCUAGGAAGUGAAGCUGCAAAGCAUUGAGCUUGCGAAGACACCAUUAGCAUCUGCAAUAGAAAUUUGCAGAGUUUAACUCUCUAAGUUUCCGCCUUUCCGGUAGAAUUACUUGCAGUUUUAACAAUUGGUAAUGUCUAAUGUAAUCAAGGCUGUUUACCCAUGGACCCUUUGUCUAAUGUAAACUAGUUCUUCUGAGUUUUAAACCAUCUUUUAUUUUUUUGGUUUCGCCAUGAGAAAAUACUCAUGCCACCAACUGACCCCUUUUUUUAAGUA